AUGAAUAUCUUCAAAAGCUUGAUUGGCAAGGUCUGGCAUGACCCCAAUGCGGCAGAAGUCGUGAAAAUUUCCACAGGUCAACUGUAUCUUGUACGACCUGAUAAUAUCCGAUCUUCCCGGGAAUGCAUAUAUAAUGACGCAAUGGCGACUAUUCGUCGCGUCCCCUCGGUCGAGCAUAACUUUCAGCUGGUUAUAACGCGCGUAUACGAAGAGGGGGACCAGGAGCUGCUCGAGGACGAGGAAGAAACGGACGAAGAGCGGGUUUUCUUGAUCAGUGAGGAACUUGAGUUCCACAGCGGCGAGAGGGACGGCGAGCCGACAUUCAUCUGGCGGGACCUCGAGGGGGACGUCGACGAGCUGUACGAGUUCGUCGCGACCGGGACGAACGAGCCCACCCGUGCGUUCUUCGAGACGUGCAUGUACAGGGCCAUGUACGAGAGGAAGUACCGGAGGAGUGCGGAUAGCUUGACCGAUGCGGACUUUCAGGAGUUCAUAUGGCAACCUCCGGAGGAGAAAGCCAAGAAGGCCGUCAAGAUGAAGGCUGAGGAGGAGCCCUCGAGUGCCGUGGAGAAGACAGGGCCGAAGAAGGCCGUCCCCUCGACUAUGCCGGUCGUCAUCGAGGAAGAGGGAGAGCUCUACUGGUGGAACACCAACACCGAGAUGUUUGACAUCGAGUGCGAAGGUGUCCUUAGGAUCGUGCAGCGUUCGCAGUUCGAUUACUUCCUAGUUGCCGCGAGCGACAAGUCGCAGGUCCUGGCGCACAAGAUCGUUCCUGAGAUAAAUCAAAGGUGGUCGAGGAAGGUCAAUUCAUUAACGUGGAAUGCCGUAAGCGAGAGUGGCGCGCAGAGCAGUUACUGCUUCAGGUUCCUGACUGUGGAUGCAUAUGAAAGAUUCUCGGCUGCGUUCACUAGGGCGUUGUGGGAGAGCCUGCAUCAGUUCUCUUGGGAUAAGAUGAAGGCUGACGAGCAGUCGUAUGUGCUCAGCUCCAACACCGAAGACGUGGAGAUGAAGGACGUUGAUGAGGAAGAUGAGGAGGACGAAGUAGAGGAUGAACUAGAAGAGAAGAGCGAGCCGUCGGAAGACGAAGAGGAAGAUGAACCUGGAGCAGACGAGGACGCGUUGCCACCCGCCCUUGGUCCCGGCGAGCGGAACUCACAGCUCACCGUUGGGUACAAGGGUGAUCGGUCAUACGUCGUCCGUGGCAAUAAAAUCGGCGUCUUCAGCCACGGAGGGGACAAUGGUGUCAGGUACCAGGCGACGAUCAGCAAGUUGACUACACCCAAAGGCAAAGAAUUCAAGCCCAAGAAGGUCAUGUUGCAUGAGCAAGAUACGAAGAUGGUGCUCAUGAACCCCGGCGACCCCAACUCGCUCUACAGUAUGGACAUCGAAAGGGGCAAGAUUGUCGAGGAAUGGAAGGUUCACGACAACGUCACAGUCGAUAUGAUAGCUCCCGAGUCCAAGUUCGCGCCUACGACACAUGAGCAAACCCUCGUUGGAGGAUCCCAUAACGCCAUAUUCCGCAUCGACCCCCGGAUCUCUGGCAACAAGAUGGUUGAUAGUCAGUACAAGCAGUAUGUCAGCAAGAACAAGUUCUCCGAUCUCGCGACCACUGCGUCUGGCAAGCUCGCUGUCGCGAGCGAGAAGGGUGAUAUCAGGCUGUUCGACACCAUCGGGAAGAACGCGAAGACUGCUCUACCCCCGCUGGGCGACCCCAUCCUCGGUAUUGACUGUACCGCUGAUGGCAGGUGGAUAGUGGCGACGACAAAGACGUAUCUACUGCUCAUUGAUACGCUUAUUGGAGAGGGACGGUAUACCGGAAGUCUUGGGUUCGAUCGGAGUUUCCCAGCAAACGCGAAGCCUAUCCCGAAGAGGCUGCAGCUUCGCGCUGAGCAUGUUGCAUAUAUGAAUCAGGAAGUCUCAUUCACGCCUGCUAGAUUUAAUACGGGAGGUGAUGAUGCCGAAAACGCCAUCGUCACGUCUACGGGACCGUACGUGGUCGUGUGGGACUUCAAGAAAGUCAAGCGGGGUCAACUGGACAAAUAUGAGAUUAAGAAAUACGAGGACUUGGUAGUUCAGGAUAACUUCCGGUUCGGUGAUGACAAAGAAAUUAUCAUCGCCUUGCAGAAUAAUGUGUUGGCUGUCAACAAGAAGAACCUCAAGAGACCUACGCGUGCUUCGCUUGCAACCCCGUCUAGAAACUUGCGAAGCAAGUCCGGGAUAGUGAAUGCUCCGUAUUGA